UCUUUUUUUUUCCUCUAAUUGUUUCUUUGAAAUAUGGAUAAAGAGUGUCAUUCUAUAGUAAUUGAAUACCUUGUCCAUAAUUGCUUUAAAAACACAGCAAAAGCUUUACUUAGAGAAAGGCAAAAGCUACAACUAUGUGGUAAGACGAUUUUAUCAAAAGUGGAUUUAAAAAGAUUGCCAACAAAAGAUGUAAUGGAAGACGAGAGUCAAUGGCAACUUUUAGAUGCAAGGAAGAGUCUAAUCCAUGCUGUUCAAAGUGGAAACAUCGAAUUGGCCUUUGAUUUAAUCCACCGUUAUUUCCCCUUAUUAACACAAGAUUCAGUACACGCUGUAUUCAAACUAAAGUGCCAACAGUUUAUUGAGAUCAUUCGUUUCUCUUCAGAACUAGAAGCCAUUCAAUACGCUCAACUUCAUUUGAAAACAACACAUCCUUAUCAUAAGGAAUUAGUAAAAGAAGUCACUGCUUUGAUUGCCUAUGCUGAUCCACACAUAUCACAGUCAAGAUACCUACUCACUCAAGAAAAGCGCGAACAAAUUGCUUCUGAACUAAAUGAUGCUUUAUUAGUGUAUUGUAACUUGCCUAUCCAAACAUCUAUGGAAAGACUCACAAGACAGUACUCGGUUAUUACAGAAGAACUUGAAAAGACAACAUCAAACUGUAGUUUCAGAGAGAAAUUGGCUAUUUAAACCAUAGUCAAUAGUUUCAAAGAGUUUGCAACAAAUUCAUGCAUUGUGAAUAAAAGGGAUAAUAAAAGUUGAAAACCUCUUAUUUUUUAUUGAA